CUGCAUCUGGGAGUCACAUGACUGCGGUGUGUCUUCCGCCCUCGGAGGCUGGGGCCGCAUGUGCGGCUCUGAGGGGCCCCGCCGGGGCUGGGGGCGCUGUGCCCCCAGCCCCACGCUCCUCCUGAGUUUGCUUGCGUCUGCAGCCCCGCUUGGCCUGCUGGGGGAGGAGACCCGCCAGGUGUCUCUGGAGGUCAUCCCUCCCGGGCUGGACGCCCCCCAGAACCUCCUGCACAUCCGGGCGGUGGGAACCAACUCCACGCUGCACUACGUGUGGAGCAGCGUGGGGCCUCCGGCAGUGCUGCUCGUGGCCACCGACACCCCCCACAGCACCCUGAGUGUCAACUGGAGCCUCCUGCUGUCCCCUGCGCCUGACGGGGGCCUGGUGGUGCUCCCCAAGGACAGCAUCCAGUUCUCUUCUGCCCUUGUCUUUACCAGGCUCUUUGAAUUUGAUGGCGCCAACACAUCCGAGGGGGCCAAGCCUCCGGGAGAACCGUAUCCCCCGUAUUCCCUGGCCAAGUUCUCCUGGAACAAUAUCACGGACUCAUUGGAGCCUGCCACCCUGAGCGCCACGUUUCGAGGCCGCCCCACUGACGACCCCACCGGGGCUUUUGCCAAUGGCAGCCUCGCCUUCAGGGUGCAGGCCUUCUCUGGAUCCGGCAGACCAGACCAGCCCCCGCGCCUCCUGCAUUCGGCCGACACCUGCCAGCUAGAGGUGGCCCUGGUCGGGGCCUCUCCCCGGGGAAACCGCUCCCUGUUUGGGCUGGAGGUAGCCACCCUGGGCCAGGGCCCCGACUGCCCCUUGAUGCAGGAGCAACAUUCCAUCGACGAUGAAUAUGCACCUGCUGUCUUCCAGGUGAACCAGCUGCUGUGGGGCUCCCUCCCAUCCGGCUUCGUGCAGUGGCGACCAGUGGCUUUCUCCCAGAGGCAGAGGGGCCGGGAAUCAGCCCUGCCCUGCCAAGCUUCCCCUCUUCACCCCUCUUUGGCAUACCUCCCCCAGUCACCCAUAGUCAGAGCCUUCUUUGAGUCCCACAAUAACUUCUGUGCCUUCAAUUUGACAUUUGGGACUUCCACAGGCCCUGGCUACUGGGACGCACACUACCUCAGUUGGUCGACGCUCCUGGGUGUGGGCACCCCUCCAUUGGACACCUUGUCCCCACUAGUCCUAGGCAUCAUGGCGGUGGCCCUGGGUGCCCCGGGGCUCAUGCUGCUGGCUGGAGGCGUGUUUCUGCUGCUGGGCCACAGGCAGUGCUCAGAAUACCAGCGCAUAAACUGAGGCCCGCUCUCUGGAGGGCUGGACGUUGAUCCCCGGACUUGCCCUGCUGGUCUGCCAGACGGGGGGUCGGCUGCUCCCUUCUCCCACCUGGCUUUUCUGCAGAACAUCAGGGACACCUCCACCUUUCCGGAGAACCCCCAGAUGGGGCUGCCCUCAUACUCUGGGGAGGGCCAGGGGCAGGGCGAUGGCUGGAGGGAGGGUCCCUUGGCGAUGCCUUACUGCCCCUCUUCCCCCAUUUCCCUUAAAUGGGACUCACAGGCCUAAACGAGAGGCCUUCUGACUGACUGGCUGCCCUGGAGGGCACGAAAUAGACUCAUUUUCUGCCCUGGG